GCGGCCGCGCAGCGCAGGCGGCCGAGAGCGCUCUCCGGAGGUCGCGAGUGGCCGAGUGGAGGAUCCCGCGGGAGGCACCGCGCGCGGCCGGGCGGACCCCGAGCGCGAUGGGCCGCCGUCUGCCGGUGUGGCUGUGCGCCGUCACGGCGCUGCUUUCGGGGGCGCAGGCCAAAGGCACCCCACUCCUCGCGCGGCCGGCGCCGCCCGGUGCUUCCCGCCACAGCCUCUACACGACCGGAUGGCGUCCGCGGCUGCGUCCGGGGCCGCACAAGUCCCUCUGUGCCUAUGUGGUACAUAGGAACCUGACCUGCAUCCUACAGGAGGAAGCAGAGCGCUACGUAAAGGCUGAGUACCGACAGUGUGGAUGGGGGCUCAAAUGCCCCUCGACAGUGAUGUAUCGCUCAGUGCUUAGACCCAGAUACAAGAUUGGCUACAAGACUGUAACAGACCUUGCCUGGCGUUGCUGCCCUGGUCUUACUGGAGAAGGCUGCCCUGAACACCUCACGGACCAUGGAACCACCCCACCCCACCAAGAGCCAGAAUCCCAGAUUCCCUUGGGGCAGCUGGGCCCAGGCCUCAGGCCUCCUCCUUAUAGUCGAGAGGCUACAACUGCCCAUGGAAGAAAAGGCCCAGGACUGUUUGGUGAGCGGCUGGAACAGCUGGAGAGUGAUGUUCAACGCCUGUCACAAGCAUAUGGUACUCUGAGUGGUUUGGUGGCCAGCCAUGAGGAUCCCAAUAGGAUCACUGGUGACCCCAGGGCUCCCGCUGCGCCCAUAGACUUUGGGGUCAUCCCUGAGGGGCUUGUGAACCCAGAAGACAGAGACAGAGGACCACUGACAACCCCCCUGGGUGAGGUACUGGGCAAGCUGACAGAAGUGAGCAACACGCUGAGGACCAAAGUGCAACUGCUGGAUGAGGUGCAUGGAAUGGCCCUCAGUCACGAGGCCCACCUGCAACGACUGCAGGAAGCCCGGCCGUCUCCCCUGACCUCCCUGGCACUGCUUGAGGAGUAUGUGGACCAGCGGCUGCAGCGACUCUGGGGGAGCCUGCUGGAUGGCUUUGAGCAGAAGCUGCAAGGUGUCCAGAGUGAGUGUGACCUGCGAGUGCAGGAGGUACGGCAGCAGUGUGAGGAGGGUCAGGCGGCCAGCCAGCGGCUGCACCAGAGCCUCGAUGGGCGGGAGCUGGCCCUGCGUCGGGAGCUCUCACAGCUGGGCACUCAGCUGCAGGGCCUGAGUUUGGCAGGUGGGAGUGGCUGCUGCAGCCAGCUGGCCUUGAUUGGUGCCCGUAUGGACAGUCUUGAGAGGAGCCUGCAGGCUGUCACUGAGGCCCAAGGUGGCCCUAGCACCCUAGCUGCAGAUGAGCUUGCACGCCUGUCUGCUGCCAUGCUCCAGGGGGGUGUGGAUGGGCUGCUUGAGGGCCUAGAGACCAUCAAUGGGACAGAGGAUGGAGCAAGGGGCUGCUGUCUGAGGAUGGAAAUGGGGAGCUGGGGUGUGGGGGGCUUUGGGUCCAUGCUGGAAGAGCGUGUGCAGAGCCUAGAGGAGCGUCUGGCGACACUGGCCGGAGAGCUAAGCCACGAUAGCGCCACACCAAGUAGGUCAGCACGACCCCUUGUGCAGACAGAGCUGGCCGUGUUGGAACAACGGCUGGUCUCCCUGGAGACCUCAUGCACCCCCAGUACCACCUCAGACAUCUUGGACAACCUUGUGGCAGAGGUGAAGACCUGGCAGAGCCGGAGUGAGGCCCUCCUACGCCAGGUGGCCGGUCACACUGCUCUGCUCCAGCAGCUCAAUGGCACUGUGGCUGAAGUUCAGGGGCAGCUGGCAGAAGGGACAGGCAGCUCACUCCAAGGUGAGAUCACGCUAUUGAAGGUCAACUUGAACUCGGUGAGCAAGUCACUCACAGGCCUCAGUGACUCCGUCCUCCAGUACUCAGAUGCCUUCUUGGCCGCCAACACAUCCCUGGAUGAGCGAGAACGCAAGGUAGAAGCUGAAGUCCACGCCAUCCAAGAGCAGGUCAGCAGUCAAGGCUCAAGGCUUCGAGCUGGCCACAGGCAGGUCCUGAACUUGCGCGGGGAGCUGGAGCAGCUCAAAGCUGGUGUGGCUAAUGUGGCUGGAGGGUUGAGCCGCUGCCGGGACACAGCCCGGGAACUCCAGCGUACGGUGGGCUACUUUGACCAACGGGUAGCACAGGUAGAGGGUGCAUGUGAGAGGCUGGGCCUAUUGGCUGCCCACCUGGACAGCUUGCCCACUGAUCAGCUUAGGUCCAGGGAAGGCCUGUGGGGCCACAUAGACCAGCUGAAUCACACACUAGCCCAGCACACACAAGAUAUUGCCCAACUCCAAGAAGACCUGCUGGACUACCGAGCCCAGCUGGCCAAGGUGAGGCCAGGGCGAGCUGACUAGGUAGGCUGGGAAAGAAUCUAAGCCCAUAUCCCACCAACCCUGGGAAUGUUAGCCCAGAGCCCAACCCUAUCCACCUAGCCUUCCAGCCUUCCAUGGCCAGUCCAGAGGUCAUUGGAUGAAUAGUCUUGGUCCAGCUCAGCGUCAGAAGUCACC